ACUUUAAAAAAGAAAAGACAGAGCGUGGCGUGGGUAGAGUUCUUUGGCAGUUCUCGCAACAGAAAUUUCAGAACAACACUCUCUUCAUUCAUUCACUCGAAAAGGAUAAAAACUCAAGAAACGAGGGAAUGAUGACUUGGUUAGCCGAAAACGUGAAAUCGUGCCAGUAUAGAGAGAGAGAGAGAAACAGAGAGAGAGAGGAGUGAGAAACCUUGGAUCCAAAAAGGUUCACCCCUUUUCUGCUUCUCUCUCCCUCACUCUCGCUCGCUCUCUCUCUCUCUCUCUCACACACACACACACACACUCUCUCUCUCUCUCUCCCCAAAUAGUAGUAAACAAUUAUUCCUCUAUUUUCUUUCCAUUUUCUACUUUCUUUUCCAUCUGGUUUGUUCUUUUCCUCUCACUUUCUCUUUCCAAUGAAACACUCUAAAACCCCCUAGUGAGAGAAAGAGACACGCCCUUCAGCUUCUCUCUCUCUCUCUCUCUCUGGAACCAAACAAUGGGAGGCCGCUGCUCCAGAUUCGGUCUCUGCUGGUGGCCCUCCAACCUCAAAUCCAACCUACCUCAUUCAUCCGAUCUCGACCGCGAGUAUGAGAAGCUGUCAGUGCCUAGUUUCAGAGAAUACAGUUUGGAUCAGCUGAGGGCUGCGACCUCAGGAUUCUCGGUGGACCACAUUGUAUCGGAACACGGCGAGAAAGCUCCCAAUGUUGUGUACAAAGGAAUGCUCGAAGAUGGCCGUUGGAUCGCCGUCAAGCGUUUCAACAAGUCUGCCUGGCCCGAUACUCGUCAAUUCAUGGAUGAAGCGAGAUUGGUGGGGGAGCUGCGGAGUGAGCGGCUGGCUAACUUGAUUGGCUGUUGCUGCGAAGGCCAUGAGCGAUUGCUUGUUGCCGAAUUCAUGCCUCAUGAGACUCUCUCAAAGCAUCUUUUCCAUUGGGAUGCGCAGCCCAUGAAAUGGGCAAUGAGGUUAAGAGUGGCUUUCUACUUGGCACAAGCACUGGAUUACUGCAGCAGUAAAGGGCGGGCACUGUAUCAUGACCUCAAUGCUUAUAGGGUGUUGUUCGAUCAGGAUGGUAAUCCCAGGCUCUCAUGCUUUGGCCUAAUGAAGAAUAGCAGAGAUGGAAAGAGCUAUAGUACGAACUUGGCUUUCACCCCUCCAGAGUACUUGAGGACAGGUAGAGUGACGCCAGAGAGUGUUGUUUACAGUUUUGGUACCCUAUUGCUUGAUCUUCUCAGUGGAAAACAUAUUCCGCCAAGCCAUGCACUUGACCUGAUACGUGGCAAGAAUUUUCUGAUGCUGAUGGACUCUUGUUUGGAGGGUCAUUUCUCAAACAACGAUGGGACUGAAUUAGUGCGGUUAGCUUCACGUUGCUUACAAUAUGAACCUCGCGAGAGGCCAAAUGCUAGGUCUCUUGUGAUUGCCCUUGCUCCUCUUCAGAAAGAAACUGAGGUACCAUCUCAUGUUCUGAUGGGUAUUUCUCAUGAAACUGCAUCCUCCGCAUCAACAUCAGUAUUAACACCUCUGGGUGAAGCUUGCUCAAGAACGGAUCUAACAGCUAUACAUGAAAUAUUGGAAAAUCUUGGAUACAAGGAUGACGAGGGCGUUGCAAAUGAGCUUUCUUUCCAAAUGUGGACAAGCCAAAUACAGGAGACCCUGAAUGGAAAGAAACGCGGUGAUGCUGCUUUUCGAGCUAAAGACUUCAGUACUGCCAUUGACUCUUAUACAGAAUUCAUCGAUGGGGGAACCAUGAUAUCACCAACAGUCUUUGCAAGGCGCUGCUUAUGUUAUCUGAUGAAUAAUAUGCCACAAGAGGCCCUUGGAGAUGCUAUGCAAGCCCAGGUAAUAUCUCCUGAUUGGCCUGCUGCGUUCUAUCUUCAAGCAGCUGCCCUGUUCAAGCUGGGGAUGGACAAUGAUGCAAGAGAAACACUCAAAGACGGCUCAUUAUUGGAUGCCAAAAGGAAAAGAAACUGAAAGUGUAUAGGUUUUUCCUUUUCAUUUUUGUCUAACCAAGGAAUACUCCUUGUAUCUAUCCAUUGUGUUUUUUUCUUUGCCAUUAGAGUUUCUGCAGUCCUUGCAACAUCAAUUUGUAGGUCUGAAUGGUUUUAGUUCUCUCCAAAAUUGGAGGAGUUUUGUUGUACUUUUUCAGUAGAAACCCAUUUUCAGUUUCAGAGUUUCACUUUCACCCUCAUCUUGACUUCAAGUCGCAAUUGUAAGAAUGAUUACCAUGUUUGUAUUUAGAGCCGAUUAACUGUUAAGCCACAACUA